AUGUGGGAGGCACAGUUCCUGGCCUUGCUUCUGCAACUGCUGUGGGUGGCUCCAGUGGAGGCUUCAGGGCCUGGGGCAAGGCUCCCAGUGGUGUGGGCCCAGGAGGGGGCACCUGUCCAACUCCCCUGCAGCCCCAAAAUCCCUCUUGAGGACCUCAGCCUUCUGCGAAGUGCAGCGGUCACUUGGCAGCAUCAACCAGACAGCCCUACAGCCUUCGGCCCUGGGGCGCCCUCCUCCCGGGGCUCCGGGCCCCGCCGCUACAUAGUACUGAGCGUGGCCUCCGGAGGAUUGCGCAGCGGGAGGCAGCCCCUACAGCCCCGGGUACAGCUGGUGGAGCGAGAUCUCCAACGCGGGGACUUCUCUCUGAGGUUGCGCCCAGCCCGGCUUGCCGACUCCGGCGAGUACAGCGCCACCGUGCGCCUCAGGGACCGCGCCCUCGUCUGCCGCCUCCGUCUGAGCGUGGGCCAAGCCUCGAUGACUGCCAGCACCCCAGGACCUCUUAGAACCUCUGAGUCAGUCAUCUUGAACUGCUCCUUCAGCCGCCCUGAACUCCCAGCCUCUGUGCGCUGGUUCAGGGGCUGGGCUCAGGUCCCUGUCCAGAAGUCCCCUCAGCACCACUUGGUCGGAAGCUUCCUUUUCCUGCCUCAAGUCAGCCCCUCAGACUCUGGGCCAUGGGGCUGCAUCCUCACCUACAGAGAUGGCUUCAAUGUCUCCAUCACGUACAAUCUCAGUGUUCUGGGUCUGGAGCCCCCAGCCCCACUAACAGUUUAUGCUGGAGCAGGUUCCAGGGUGGGAUUGCCCUGCCGCCUGCCUCUUGUUAUGGGGACCCAGACUUUCCUCACUGCCAAGUGGGUCCCACCUGGGGGAGGCCCUGCCUUCCAGGUGGCUGGAGACAAUGGCAGUUUUACCCUUUGGCUGGAGGCCGUGAGCCAGGCCCAGGCUGGGACCUAUACCUGCUGUAUCCACCUGCAGGGGCAGCAACUCAGUGCCACCAUCACUUUGGCAGUCAUCACAGUGACGCCCAGAGGAUUUGGGCUGCCUGGCUCCCCAGAGAAGCUGCUUUGUGAGGUGACUCCCGCGUCUGGACAAGAGCGCUUUGUGUGGAGCACGCUGAGCAACCAGUCUUGGUGGAGCUCCCCAGGGCCCUGGCUGGAGAUGCAGGAGGCCAGACUCUGGUCCCAGCCCUGGCAGUGCCAGUUGUACAAGGGGAAGACACUUCUGGGAUCAGUGUUAUAUGUCACAGAGCCGUUUGGCCCAGGUGCCCAGCGCUCUGGGGGAACCCCAGGUGCCAUCAAAACAGGCCAUUUCCCUCUCUUUCUCAUCCUUGGUAUCCUCUUGCUGCUCCUCUUUGUCAUUGGAGCCUUUGGCUUUCACCUUUGGAGAAGACCGUGGCGACCAAGAAGAUUCUCCGCCCUAGAGAAUGGGAUUCACCCUCCCCAGGCUCAGAGCAAGACAGAGGAGAUGGAUCAAGAACUGGAGCUAGAACCAGAGCAAGAGCUGGAGCCAGAGCUGGGGCCAGAGCUCCAGCUGGAGCAGCCCUGA